AUGGCUUCGCCCGCCGACAGCCUCUCCGACGCCGAGGCCGCCGGGAAGGAGAGGGGAAAAUGGUCUCACAAAUGCGACUACCUCCUCACAAUGACCGGUUAUGCCGUCGGUCUGAGCAACGUGUGGCGAUUCCCUUACCUGUGCUAUAUCCAUGGCGGAGGGGCGUUCUUGGUACCAUACCUGCUGAUGCUGGUGUUGGUGGGCUUUCCGCUGUUCUUCCUGGAGACGUCCGUGGGUCAGUUCAGCUCCUGUAGUUGCAUCACCGUCUUCUCUGUUUGUCCUGCUUUCAAAGGUCUUGGCAUGACGUCCGUUGCUGUCAACAUGGUAACCCUGACAUACUACACUGUCUUGGUGUCCUUUCCCGUCCUGUUCCUUGCCUACUCCUUCACGUGGGAUCUCCCUUGGGACUCGUGCGAGAACAGCUGGAACUCGGCCAACUGCACGAUUGGUAGGCCUAGCGAAGGAGCUGACAUGGGAGGCGGCGUGUCUUCAGCUGAGGAAUUCUUCCAGGUCACGGCUAAGAAGAGCAAGGUUCAGAUUUAUCUUUCCAGGAAGGUCCUGCACAUUUCGUCUGGACUCGACGACAUCUCCCGCGUCCAGUGGCAGAUCGUCGCCGUGACCUUCCUGACGACGGCUUUUCUCUUCUUCUGCGUCUUCAAAGGGGUUAGAGUCAUGGGGAAGGUUGUGUGGUUCACUGCGCCGUUUCCAUUCGCGAUGCUGUUAGUCCUUCUGGCCCGCGGGAUCUCUCUCCCGGGAGCCGUAGAUGGAAUCCGCUUCUACAUCUACCCCGAGUUUGAGAGACUCAAAGAAAUGAAGGUGAAAAAGGUCUACAUUGAAGUCUGGGCAGCGGCGGCCAUGCAGAUCUUUUACUCCUUGGGCCCAGGCUGGGGGUCGCUCAUCAGCUUCGGUUCGUACAACAUGUUCCACAACCGGAGCACGAGAGACGCGGUCACCGUCCCCGUCCUGAACUGCACCGCCUCCAUCCUCGCUGGAUUCGUCGUCUUCUCGGUCCUCGGCUUCAUGGCCAAGAGAGCUGGCGUGUCCGUCGAGGACCUUACUGUUGCUGGCCCGUCUUUGGUGUUUAUUGUGUACCCCGAGGCUGUGUCGAUGAUGCCCGUUGCUCCCCUGUGGUCCGUCAUCUUCUUCCUCAUGUUGUUCUUUUUGGGCGUUGACUCGUGUUUCGCCUACUUGGAAACUUCAGUAAUAUGUCUUCUGGACGAAUUUCCGAAGUUACGCGAACGCAGAGGCUGGGUCACGUUCGUCAUUUGCCUGAUUUCCUUCUCCGUGACAAUCCUCUUUGCAACUGAUGUUUCACUUGUUUCACUGCUUGACUGCGAGCACAGUCAGCAGGUGACCGGCAUCGCCGUGCCGUCACGAGCCUCACCCUGUGUUCCAGGCCGGGAUGUACUGGAUCACGUUGAUGGAUUGGUACUGCGCGUCGUUUGCCGUCAUCGUCGUUUGCUUCUGCCAGAUUUGCAUAUUCAGUUACAUCUAUGGUGCUGGACGAAUCAUUCAAGAUUUUCAGCUGAUGACUAA